UUAGUCACAUAAAUGUACAUCUUAAGAUUAUGCAACAAAUCCUAAAAAAACGUUGACAUCAAAUCUGAUUAUCCAGCUUGCAUCAAAUUGCGCCACUUGCCUACAUGCCUAUGUGAAAUAGAUAUUACUUUUGAGUCACAUGGGACCUGUUGACCAAUCAGAGACUGAGUUGAUUCAACGGCAUUCGUAGGUUAUUCUCCUCCGAAACAUAAAAACGUGCAUUUCGUGUUUUAUUCCAAGACAAGACCGACUUGAUAUUCUUUGGCAGACAAGAACAACUCUAAAUAUCUAGUAAAAAUGGCUCUUCGCGUUCAAUUUGAAAAUAACAACGAGGUGGGUGUAUUCUCAAAGUUAACAAAUGCCUAUUGCCUGGUUAGCAUUGGUGGCUCAGAAAAUUUCUACAGUACAUUUGAGGGUGAAUUAAGCGAGACAAUUCCGGUGGUUCAUACAUCUUUGGCUGGCUGCAGAAUAAUUGGAAGAAUGUGUAUAGGAAACAAACAUGGUUUACUGGUACCUAACUCUACAUUUGAUACUGAAUUACAACACAUUAGAAAUGCACUACCAGAAAGUGUAAAGGUACAGAGAAUUGAAGAAAGGCUAUCAGCUCUUGGCAAUGUGAUUGCCUGCAAUGAUUAUGUGGCUUUGGUGCAUCCAGAUUUGGAUAGAGAAACAGAAGAAAUUAUUUCUGAUGUUUUAAAAGUUGAGGUAUUCAGACAAACAGUAGCAAGUAAUGUGCUUGUUGGAUCAUAUUGUGUGCUCAGCAACCAGGGAGGUCUGGUUCACCCCAACACAACAAUUGCUGAUCAAGAGGAACUUUCCAGUUUGCUUCAAGUUCCUUUAGUUGCUGGAACUGUAAAUAGGGGUAGUGAAGUUGUUUCUGCUGGAAUGGUAGUGAAUGAUUGGUGUGCAUUUGCUGGUAUGGACACUACUUCAACAGAACUGACAGUUAUUGAAUCAAUAUUUAAACUCAGUGAGAAUGUACCUUCUGCAAUCACUUCCUCUAUGAGGGCUAGUUUAAUUGAAAGUAUGUCGUAAUCUGAGCAACUUCCGCCACCCACAUACCGCCGCAACAACAAAAUAUGAUGAUUAAAAUAAUAAACAUAUGAAAAUACGACCGGCGCUGGAAUAAGUUGAAGCUAAUCUAAUCAAAUUUCCUACCCGCUGGUUGCGCGAGCAGCUGCUAGAUGUAGUACUGGUGGAAAAUCAAUAAUUUCAAGCAUGUGCAAACCUAAGAACGCCAGUCUGCCACUUCACUGCAACAUAUGUUUACAAUGUUUUGCUAUCUUACUGUUUGGUAUUCCAAAUAAAAAGUACUUUUCGAUUAUCA